GCCCGAUUGUUGGACCUGGAACAGGCUGUACCAGGACCACCUGCUGGGGCUUCCAGCAGUGCACCCUCUAGCCGCCAACUGGAGGACCGCGUUGACCACGUAGUGGCAAUGCUUGGCGACACCAGCACUUUCGCUGCGCCGACCACCACCAUCAGCAGACAGCUGCAUACAUUGAAGACCGAGGUCCAGCAGCUACAGACGAUGAACGCAAAUGGCAAUCCGAAGAUGUAUAAGAUGCCAACGUUCACUCUGGAGAGGUUCGACGACUACACGCAGCAGAAUCCGGUCCUCUGGUGGGAAGCAUUCACAACGCAACUCAGGAUUCUGCCCGUAGACAAGCAUGCGUACAUCGGUGCCCUGUUCCUGAACUCAAAGGGCAGAUGCCAGACCUGGUUGACCCACCUGGCAACCUCCCACGGCGUCGAUCUACCAGACUUGAAGGACGCAAUCACAUGGGAGGAACUGACACGGCUGUGGAAGAAGCGGUUCAUCGUCGACGACGCGCCAGCACUCGCCAUUAACCGACUGUUCACCAUGUCACAGGGCAACACAACAACACGGGACUGGCUCACGGAGUGGCAGAAGAUUGCGGUUGUGCCCAAUUUGAACUUACCGUUCGAGCAUCUACGCCGUGAGUUCUACAACAGGUCCUGUGCUGCAUUGAGCCAGGCUCUUGGUGAUCGCGAGCAGUACUCAACCUUCGCGGAGAUCAUUGACAAAGCGAGGGCGAUCAUCAAGACCAACAGGUCAACUGCACACGAGAAAUCAACAUCAUGGCAGCCGACCUAUGUGGAGAAGGUACGAACUGGUCCGCGACAGCAGCACUUCGCUGCAGUCCAGCAGGACAGUGGAGAUAACCCAAUAGCCACUCCAGCAUCAAGUGACGGAGAUCAGGUGGCUGCUGUCCAGCCGCGAAGCACCGACAAGUCCCGCAACAAUGGGAAGGCGAAAUCCGCAUCGCAGGCCGGAAAUGGACAGCCAGGACAAUUUCCAUGGGUCAAGUUUGGCUUGACCGAGGCGGAGUACAAGUCCACCGCAUGCACGGUUUCAUCACCAUUGGCAACCGAUUCGGCAGCUUCGCCGCAAUCUAUCACCGGGGAUUCGACGUCAUGGUCAAGACUUGAUGAGCUUGACCCGUUGAGGUUUACGGACUUCCAGUGGAUGCCCGUUCCCUUGACCGGACGAUUGCCGAAACCACAUUGCAACGUGCUUAUGGCACAAUUGCGGGACUACUUGCACACUGCAGUACCAGCUCCGUUGAUGGACGCCGGAGCAGAGGUUGUCGACCUUCACGUUUACAUUGCGAAGAUCGACCGCGAGUUCAAGACGCAACGGUACGACGACAUCGACGCACCAUUGCUAUACRUACGCAUUCAGAUCGGAGAGGCGACCUGCAGUGCCUUGAUCGAUUGCGGAGCAUCUCGCAACUACAUCAGCCAGGACUUCAUGGUACGCGCCGGCCUUGUCCCACGUGUCCGGAGGAAGUCCCAGCCUACGCAAGUCACCCUGGCAAACGGUCAUACGCACAAGUCCAUCGACCGGUGCAUUGACGCCGUCCCAACGUACUUUGCCCCUCACGCAAGUGAGGCGGUGUCCUUUGAUAUUCUGGACACCAAAUUCGACAUGAUCUUGGGCAUGUCAUGGCUACGAAGCAAGGAUCACCCGGUGAACUUCUUCAACCGCACCGUUCACCAGGAGCUGGAGUACUUGGGACACUAUGUGACGCCGCAAGGCAUCCGUCCGCUUGCGGACAAGAUCGAGGCCCUACGAGUAUGGCCCGAGCCCACCAACACUACGGACGUUCGUUCAUUCAUGGGGUUGGCGGGCUACUAUCAGCGAUUCAUCACCGGAUACUCCAGGAUUGCUACACCUAUGACGAGGUUACAGUCGCCAAAGGUGCCAUCUGUAUUGGAUGACGACGCACGCCGGUCAUUCCAAGCACUUAAGACGGCUAUGAUCAUGGCACUCGUCCUUAGCAUCUAUGACCCCACCCUGCUGACGCGAGUGACUACGGACGCUUCCGGCUAUGGCAUUGGGGCAGUCUUGGAACAGCACGACGGCGACGACUGGCACCCUAUAGAGUAUUUCAGCCACAAAGUGCCUCCCAUCAACUCGCUUGAUGAUGCAAGGAAGAAGGAGCUACUCGCAUUCGUGAUGGCUCUCAAGCGCUGGCGGCACUUCCUCCUUGGGCGUCGUAGGUUCACAUGGGUCACAGACAACAAUCCAUUGACCUACUACAAGACGCAGGACACGGUGAGCAGCACGAUCGGACGAUGGAUGUACUUUAUCGACCAAUUUGACUUCACACCGAAACAUGUCCUCGGCCUCUCCAAUCGCGCAGCAGAUGCACUCUCGCGAAGACCAGAUCUUUGCGCUAUGACACAUCAUGCCUUUGCAUUCGACGAGGAGCUUCAGCGAGACUUCAUCCGGGCAUAUCAAUCUGAUCCGGACUUCGGCACGCUCUAUGCACAGCUAUCUUCGGAUCACCUGCCGGCCAGCCAUUUCCGCAUUGCCGAUGGGUACUUGCUCCUCCACUCGAGAGGCAAGGACUGACUAUGUGUCCCACGCGACCGUCGUCUUCGGACUCGCCGACCAUUUCGGAGUCAACCGCACUAUUGCACGGCUUCGACAGCGA